UUUUAUUGGCUGCUGUCGCGUGCCACGGCUGGCGCACGACACCAUCUGAUUGGCUGCUUUCCAAAACACUGACAGGUCAAAAGGUGCAUUUUGUCAAACAUGCCUUCAGUUGAGUUCGCAAUUCAUUGAAGCCAUCGCAUCGUUUAGAAAUUUUAACCCCGCUUUCUUUGUGGUCCAUUCUGGUCGUUAUCAGACACUAGUCUGUUGGGCUAUAAAAAUACAAGUGGGAAUUUGAACGCUAUGAUUUGUCAACACCUACCGCGUUACAUGGAGUCCGAAAAGAAGAGUUUCCAACCGUGGCGGGACUACAUGAAGCUAGCGGACGCAGUGCGGGAGAUGCAGUUGGGGAACUUCGCCUCAGAACCGUCAACCGUCGACGGUCAUUCCUCUGGGAUAUGCUCGACCAUGGUGGAAUUUGAACAGUUACCGCCGCGAGCCUUGCUGUCACGGAUAACACCGGAGGCGACAACACACCAACCUAACGAAAAGGAAACCCUGUAUUCCGAAAUCGUCCCCGUGCGUAAAGACGCUCCUUUACGUCCGAGCAGCAGCAAGGAUCCCAAGCACGCUACAGCAGCGUCCAGACCCUCCGCGGGCACCCGGGGCCAGAGGGAGAGAAAGAAGGCGACCCGCUCCAAGACGCCGGAGGAGGUGCCAUCACCUGAGCGCAAGUUCUGCAGCUUCUGCAAACAUAACGGGGAGUCUGAGUCUGUGUUUGGGUCCCACAGUCUCAAGGACCGGGAUGGGGGCGUGGUGUGCCCGUACCUGCGGCAGUAUGUCUGCCCUCUCUGCGGGGCCACCGGGGCCCAAGCCCACACCAAGCGCUUCUGUCCCCGGGUCGAAACCACCUACAGCUCUGUAUAUGUCAAGUCGGAGAAGCGCUAGCUCUGGUCCAGGCCGUUAGUGCGCUACCUUCUAGGCCUACUAACAGAGGCAACUCGUUGUUGCGAGAUGGGUGGAACCAGAGCUAGAGAAGCGCUGAAGAGACUGUUCAUGCUGUUGUGUUGGCGGCAUUCUUUGGCGUCUCUAGCGCGCUGUAUGCGGACAGUUGUCAGAGGAUUUACGAGUGGAUAUUUAGGUUAGAAGUAGUUUGGAAUAGGCUGGCUAGUUUUGUAGACUAUGGAGUAGCCUAUUUAUCGUGUGAUUUGUAUUAUUUCCGUGUGUUUUCAACUUUUGUCGCUUAUUUCUAUUUAUUUAUGACGUGUGGUUUUUCAUUAUUUGCAUGCACGUGUUCUUUACAGCACAUUUUGGGUUUGAGUUUUCUUUUUUUACUUUAAAGCGUAAAUGUCCUUGACCAAACUAACUGCUUCUUUACAUGUUGGUGUGAGAUUUUGUAAAACCUCCCAACCUCUAGUACUGUGUCGCCUAAUGAACCGCCCUUAUCAACGAACUCUACCUGCUACUUUAGGAAGGAAAAAACGGAAGUGUUGUCUUGUUUUGAGACUUGUGUUUUCCUGACUCUUAUUUUUAAAAGAUAUGCUCUAAUCUAACUGUAGAUCUGCAAGUCUACAGGCCUAAUAUAACUAUUGGAAGAACAUGACUAUUGACAAUAACAAAGACAACAGCUAUUUUAUGUGGUGUGCAGAGCUACUUUGGGUAAUUGCCAUUUACCACGCUACCUACUAUUUUAAAUUGUAAUACUUGUAUUUUAAUAGAUCUAGAAGUGUAUUUUUUGUUGACUUUUCAACCUGUAUGCUACUUAGAUUGGCUGAAUAGGACUUUAAUGUUAAGUCUCACUUUAAAGAACCUUAUGUUAAAUAGUAUGUGUGUUUUAUUAUUAUGCAUGUCUUCUAUAAUAAUAACAAUAAUAUCUGUAUUGGCUACUCGUGUGUGUCUUAAUUAUCAUUGAGGUGUCCCUAAAAAGGUAUCCCAAGUGGCACCCUAUUCCCUAUCUAGUGCACUACUUUGCGUGUGUUUUCAACUUUUGUCGCUUAUUUCUAUUUAUUUAUGACGUGUGGUUUUUCAUUAUUUGCAUGCACGUGUUCUUUACAGCACAUAGGGGUUCUGAUCAAAAGUAGUGCACUGAAUAGGGCAUUGUCUACAAAUGGACUUCAGAUCUUAGUGGUAAAGGUGAUCUUUUUAUGUUGAGAAUCUUUUUAGACUGGUUAGUUUUUAAAAAAGCAACAUGUAUCAUAGAUCCACGACUGAGCUGAGGAGAUAUACAAUAACCAAAGAUCCAACUUUAGUAAUGAUUUAUUUUAUAACACGUUCUCCAAAACACAGUAACAACAUACUGUCCCAGACGGAUGUCCUCAGCAUCAGGAAAGGCAGAGGAGAAGAAAAUAACCCUUCAACGGGGUGGUAGCUUUUUUUAAUGCCAAUAAAGCUACCACCCGGUUAAUCAACCCUGCACCUUAGAGGCUGCUGCCCCAUAUACAUAGACUUGGAAUCACUGGACACUUUAAUAAUGGAACA